GGCGUGGCGGCAGUUGCUUGGGCGGGGCCGGUAGCGGCGGGAGCUGCACUGGCCAGGGGUUCCGGCUGCGUUUCCAUGAGCGCAGCCGGCAGCGGCGGAGCUGCGGGAGCCGGACUGGGGACGAGCUGGGCCACUGUAGUCAACGUCGCGCAGCUUUCAGGUUAAUUUGAACAAGAGAUCUGACCUGAUCAGCCCAACUGUGCAACUCGUUGAGUAAAGUUAAUAUUCACAGUGAGAAGAAUAAGUGAUAUAGGUCAAAAUGAAUGCCAUGCUGGAGACCACCGAGCUCCCCGCCGUAUUCGACGGGGUGAAGCUGGCUGCAGUAGCUGCAGUGCUGUACGUGAUUGUCCGAUGUUUGAACUUGAAGAGUCCCACAGCCCCACCUGACCUCUACUUCCAGGACUCGGGGCUCUCGCGCUUUCUGCUCAAGUCUUGUCCUCUUCUGACCAAAGAAUACAUUCCACCACUGAUCUGGGGGAAAAGUGGACACAUCCAAACAGCCUUGUAUGGGAAGAUGGGAAGGGUGAGGUCACCACACCCUUAUGGGCACCGGAAGUUUAUCACCAUGUCUGAUGGAGCCACUUCUACUUUUGACCUCUUUGAGCCCUUGGCUGAGCACUGUGUUGGAGAUGAUGUCACCAUGGUCAUCUGCCCUGGAAUUGCCAAUCACAGUGAGAAGCAGUACAUCCGCACCUUCGUUGACUAUGCCCAGAAAAAUGGCUACCGGUGUGCAGUGUUGAACCACCUGGGUGCCCUGCCCAACAUUGAAUUGACCUCACCACGCAUGUUCACUUACGGCUGCACAUGGGAAUUUGGAGCCAUGGUGAACUACAUUAAGAAGACCUAUCCCAUGACCCAGUUGGUUGUUGUGGGCUUCAGCCUGGGUGGUAACAUCGUGUGCAAGUACUUGGGGGAGACCCAGGCAAACCAAGAAAAGGUUCUGUGCUGCGUCAGCGUGUGUCAGGGGUACAGCGCACUGAGGGCCCAGGAAACCUUCAUGCAGUGGGACCAGUGCCGGCGCUUCUACAACUUCCUCAUGGCUGACAACAUGAAGAAGAUCAUUCUCUCACACAGGCAAGCCCUUUUUGGAGACCAUGUGAAGAAACCCCAGAGCCUGGAGGACACGGACUUGAGCCGGCUCUACACAGCUACAUCCUUGAUGCAGAUUGAUGACAACGUGAUGAGGAAGUUCCAUGGCUAUAACUCCCUGAAAGAGUAUUAUGAGGAAGAAAGCUGCAUGAGGUACCUGCACAGGAUUUAUGUGCCUCUCAUGCUGGUUAAUGCAGCUGAUGAUCCCUUGGUGCAUGAAAGCCUUCUAACCAUUCCAAAGGCCCUUUCAGAGAAACGGGAGAAUGUCAUGUUUGUGCUGCCUCUGCAUGGGGGCCACCUGGGCUUCUUUGAGGGCUCUGUGCUGUUUCCCGAACCCCUGACGUGGAUGGAUAAGCUGGUGGUGGAGUAUGCGAAUGCCAUCUGCCAGUGGGAACGAAACAAGUCGCAGUGCUCUGACACGGAGCAGAUGGAGGCCGAGCUGGAGUGAGGCCUCCGGACUCUGGCGCGCUCCAGCAACCCUCCUCUGGAACCCGCGUCCCCUUGCCCGCUGUUUCAGGUCUCCCAUCUCCCUCAGCGACCUGGACCUGACCUCCGAUCAUCAGCGGGGCCCCGUCGUGCACAGGUGUCUCGAGUAGGAGGCUCUCCCUGGGAGCUCCAGGCUAUUUUUGUGCUUAGUUACUGGUUUUCUCCAUUGCGUUGUUAGCCAUGGUGACAAAUGACAGGGUUCUCACCCUUCUGUCCGGUUUUUUCAGCUUCUGAUUGCUUUUAAGCCAAUUACAUCUAGUUUCCCUAUUAAAAAUGUGUCUGAACAGCCAUUCUGCUUUGCCAAUCAAAAGGCUUUUCCCUGAGAACAGUGAAGGAUAUAUGUCGUUUCGUGGUGGUUGUAUGUGUCCUAUGUAGACCCUGACAAAAGCUCACCAUUCUGGGCCAAUGCUGAAGAUGUGACUCGGCCUGGGAAUCUGGGAGCCUGCAAUUCCCAGGCCAGAGUGCAGCCUCUUAAAUGGCAAAGGAAAUUCCACUUGAGUCACAAGCCAAGUUUCCUCCCUCACCAUCCACUAGGACAGUCCCCUCAUACCUUGUUGCCACUGCUGAGAGUUGCUUGAGACACUUUUUAAAAAUUCAGCCUCCCAGGUCCCUCCCCUUAGAGAGGCUGACUCAUUGGGUCUGGGAAGGAGCCUGGAGAUUUUAAUUUUUGACAAGUGCCCCAAGGGAUUCUCAUCAGGAGGCAAAUUUGGGACACAUUGUUCUAUAGCGCCUUUAAAUUAGAAGCAUCUUGGUGGCUCAUUUUAUUGAAAUUCAUCGUCAUUGAUGUCUCUUUGCUCCCAGGGGCCUCCAGAGCAGCAAGGCCUGUUGCAUAGCUGCCCUUGUGUAAUCAGUGUAGUGUCCCCACAAAGGACCCUGAGUGGGAGUGGGCCUUUGGGCUGAGCCCUGGCUCUGAUUCUCACCUGCUAUAUGACCCUGGAUAAGUCUCUUUGGACUUGAGUCUCUUCGCCUAUGAAAUGAGGGACUUGGACCAGGUAGAUUGCUGAGAUGACCACCAGUCCUAAGUUCAAUGACAAACUCAGUUUACUGAGCUUUGAGAGAACAUCCCUCCAGGCGAGGCUGGGAGCUCUUCUCCCAGGCUAAGCAUUUACCUUUCUUUUUCCCUAUCUGCCACCCCCCCCCCCCCCCCACAUUUCAUAUAAAGAGAUUUUGGGGGUUUUUUGAGCACUUAAUUGUAAUUUUAGUUUUUUUAACCCAGGUCCCUCUAACUCUGGCUUUUGAUACUGAACAAUUCAAAAGUUGGAUCCGAGUUUGAAGAAGAAAGAUAUUUCCAACCAAAGAGGGUGUUGUUUUGAAACUGGAUUUUUAAAUGAAUAGCCUCUAUUUGUUGUUGGUUGGCUAGAUCUUUCUGAAAUGUCUUUUCAAGUGGAAAUAUCACUAUAGGUUUCAAGUACUUCUUUUCUCCCAUCCUGUGGUACUUGAAGAUCUAAGAACCCUGUGCUUUGAAAAAUCAGCAGUUGCUAUCUGGAAUUAAAUAGAACUAUGAGUGAAAUUGCCUGAAUACUUUAAAAAAAUAUAUUUUCUUUGCUGCAUCUCCUUUGGCUCCAGGACAGACUGGAAUAAGUGGUCUGUGUGGAUGUUUAAGGAAUAAAGGGAGCCACCUGGGCACCUGAAUGCCAGCCCCUGUGGCCACAGUUUGGGCAUUGGCCCAAGUGACUGUGACAAUUACAUCUGUAACCUGAAGUUGUUUUCUGACAAUCACCAGAUCAUCCUAAUAACAUCAGAAACAGCCAUUAUCUCAAAAGACUGAGAUUACUGUGGUCUUGACUUUGUCUUGGUAUAAUUUCUCACACUUGCUAAAUCCUGUCAUUACAACUUCCCCCCCAAGUUGACAUUUCUUUAACGCAUCUCCUCUUCAUGUUCUUUUAGCACAAAUUGGCACUUUAUUAUCUAUGCCUCGAUUUGGAAGCUAGUCUUUCUCCUCUGUUGCUUUUCUCUCCACCACCCACAUCUGUAAUCUGGGUUUAGGGCCAUACUUUCGUUUCUCAGACUUUUUACUAAAAUAGGUCCAUCAAGCAAUAACUUAAUAGGAUGGAAUCAGCAUUUGGAAGUGAGGGGCUCCUUUCACUUGUUUGAGGCCACAUCCUUGACCUGCUAUGGAAGUAGUGGCCCAGGUACCCCUCCCUCCAGGAGAACAGUCCUGAGGCUUCACACACAGGAAGGGGGGCCGGGCUUGUCCCAGGAGCUGGCCUGUAUGGCAGGCCUGGAAGCCUCCCACCCCAGGAGAGGCAGGCUGGGGCAGAGCCUUUGUUGCCACACAGCCGGAAUUCCCCACCCCCAGGACUGGGGGGCCACGUCCCAGCUGAAAUCUCUUUAGUGUGGAACUCUGAAUGGCACUUACAUUCCAUUUUGGUUCACAUGAAAUCAACUGAAGCCCUUUAUUCAAGCUUCAGGCUCUCAGGCAUGGAAAUGAGAAUAUGACUGUGGCUGUCUUACAGGAAAAUUCUUGUUUGUCCCUGAAUGAGAGCACAGAGGCACUGAAUGUAGAGAUGCAAACUUGCCUAAUAAAUGAGGGAGCAGCACUUUAUAUGUAGGUCAUCUUUUCUCCUUUCUCUGGGCUUCCUCGCUUUUUUUCCCAAAGUCAUUCCUUUCUGAUGAUAAUGUGAAUGCUCUUCUUGCUAUGAAGGUCUUAGCUGGGCUGAAACAAGCCUGGAUUUUCAGAAAGUGUUUGAAUAUUCUAUUUUGAAAUCAAAUUAAGGAUAUAAAUUGCAUAGGUCUAGACAAUUCUGUGGCAGGAAUAAUAUGUCAGAAACCAAGGGAAAGAAGCACCCCACUCUUCUCCAGUUGUGCUCCCUGCUCCCCCCACCCCCCAGAUAAUUUAAAGACGUUGCUCCCAGUCAAAUUAGUAUUGCCUGUCUUAAAAAAGUGCAUUGGGUCUCUUUGAUACAUGUAUGUUAAAAGGGAGUUCAACAGACUCGAAGAAAACCUUUUCUCUUUUUUGUGGUGAGUUUGCACCAAUGAUUCCAGACCAGAAUGAAGAUAGAGAGUUAUUUGUUGUUACAAUAUUCUGUUAACUUCUCUGCAGCGUUUCAGGCAUAAGGGAACCUUAGGCCCCACUGUGAGAGUGGAAAUACACUAAAAAGGAAUGUUCCUUUCUUGACCUGGUAUUAGGGAACCAGAGUCCAGGAGACGUAGCUUCUCAUCCCUAAUGUCUCUGAUUCACAUUGGACAAGUGGGCAAGUCACUUCACAUGCCUGAGCCUGUCACCUCAUCUUAGGCCAUCCUAAGACGACUUCAUUUACAUAUCAUUUGCCUGAUCUUUGUGGAACACUUGCCUGAAGUUGGCCUCUUCAAGCCCUUGCAGGUAGAAACAAACAGCCAUGUCAUCGGCCAAAGCUUAUUUGAAGGGACUUGAAUGAGGGAGUUUGUGCAUUCAGCUUUUCCUGGUUAGGCCCCUGAAUAGCUUCUAAAGCCCUGUGUCUCACUGGCUUCUCUCCCAAGGGGAGUUGUCAUUGCAGUAUCCUUGCUAUUCUAAGGGCAGUCUCAUGACUAUGGCAGGUGCUGGCCAUCAGGAUGAGGACAAUAACUUCAUCCUUCAGUGUGAUCAGGCAGAGCAUGGAAAAUGCCCAGGGCAGAAGUCCUUCCUGCCCAGGCUUUCAUUCUAUCCCAUAGUCUUCAUUGAAGUGAACUUGUAGGCAGCUGAGCUUCUGACAUCAAAUGAGAAUUCUUUUUGUAACUAGGUGACUUGAGAUGGAUUUUGCCAGCUCCAAGGAAAUGAUACGUGUGUUUUUGUUUGUGUUUGCCAAGCACACAGGUGUUCCAGAUGUGAGAGGCUUUUCCUGUGGCCUUGACUUAAAGUAAAGACCAUUGAAACACCACAUCUAGUGUCCUGGCACUAAAUGAAGACAUGAAGGACUCAUGUCUUCAUCCUUUAGGAAGGCAGGAAAGUCAUAAGUAAGCAUUUUGCUGCAGCAUUCUGUCACUGUAUCAUCUGGAAUUAUUUUCUUUGCCCAAAAGCCUUACCACACCUGUAGAAAAUCCCCUGGUAUUACAAUAUCAUGGUGGAAGAAUUAAAACUCUUCUGCUAUGGAAUUUUGAAACAAAACCAGAAAGUAUCCUCAAGUGUCCUGCAGGCUCUUUAUUAUGUUCUGUCCCCACCUCCCACCCCUCAACAAUAGACAUGAUCCAGAUGGGCCAAAACCCCUCAUCUCUGGCAUAUGUCUUCUUUGGAUUACUUGGAUGCUCCAAAAAGUCAUGAAAAGUGGCCUGCCUGUGGCAUGUAGAAGCCAACCAAUUGGGACAAAUUUUCCUUCCACCUGUUAGCAGAGGGAAGUACCCCAUCCUUCAUAAACUAGGAUUGUUUUUGCCAAAUUAUAUUUGAAGCUGGCUGGCAGAGAAAACUGGAAAGCCAUCCAUAGCAAAAGCUGUGCCUGCAUCACUGCUACUGCCGUUUCUGGGUGCUGCAGCCAGCAUCCUCCAUCGUGGCUCUUGAAUUCAGGCCAUGGAGUCCAGCUCCCCAUUCUCAGGCUCCCAGAAUAGAUGCUACCCUUUUGGAAGAGUCAGUCCACCAUGUUUUCUGAACCUUUUUCCAGGCAUAUGCUGGUAGAGCUUUCAUGGAUCGCUAAUAAAUAAGCUGAAGUUAAUUUCUCACUGGUGGAGUAAGUCAAACAUUCUGAGUUUCACAAAGUUCUCAGCUUUUAACUAGAACUCCUAUCAAUUAGUAAUGAAAUCCAUAACUACCUUCUCUCCCUUUUGGUCCCCAUUAGCUAAGAAAUCCACUAUUGCCAUAAGUUGGGGACAGACCACCUAUAGUAUCUGCAGAAAUACCCUUAGUCUCAAUGGGCAUUCUCCUCCCAGACCAUUCACAUUCAGCAGCCAACAGUCGCCUAGAAUAAUUGCAACCUGCUUGGUCCCAGUGCCAACCACUUCUCUCCCAGGCUGGCCAUGUAAGUGGACCAAGUCCCUGGGUAUUAGGAGUUAGAUUUUUUUUUUUUUUCAUUCUGGCCACUUUAGUUUUCCUAAAGCACAAGUCCAUGUAGAAUCCUGUCACCUUUCCAACCAGUUCCAGAUGGUCUGGGUCUCUCCCACUGCCUCAGGAAGACCUUCACUGUACCUGAGCUUCUGAUUUCUGCCACUGCAGCUGCCUUAGUGGGUAUGGGGGAGGGGGGUGGGGGGGCGCCAGUUUGCAUCUCUCUUUUUCCUGGUUAGACUCAGUUCAACCACAUUCUUCUGUUGGCAGAUCUGCUUCAGAUUGAUUUUUGAGAACCAUCACUUUCACAUUCCUGAUUCUGGUUCAUUUCGUUUUGUUUUGUUCUCUUUGGGUUUUCUGAAACUUUUAAAUGCUGCCCUGAAAAUAUUGUAUUUUUGAGUUUGUGUUCUGAAAGCCUCCACGCUGCUGGAUCUUUGGGGGGAAAUAACAGGAUCCUUCAGCACCGAGGUGUUUAAGAUUCGCAACUAGCAAUGCAAUUUUUUCUAAAUAUGAGGAUAUUUACCUUUAUUAAGAAAUUAUACUAAAUGAUGGUGUCCUUGAUCAUUUUGUGUUCUCAUAUUACUUUCGAUUCUAUAUGAUUCUGUGUGGUGGUGAACAAAGAUCAUUACAAACAAAACUGUAAUUUUGUUAUCUUUGAUUCAACUGAAUUUCUUUACUUAAAAAAAUAAAGUCUAAAAAAUGUGG